AUUUUGCGAUAACAGAUUUUAUGAAAAAAAAAAACUUCAUUCUUUAAUCAACACAAUAUGUCGGCACCUACAGCUAUUCGCCAGCCAGAGCAGGCCCUACAGUUUCAGCCUGAGGCUGUCUCUCACGAUCAGGAUGAUGAAGUUUUGAUCGAUGUACAAGCCACGAACGAGGGCGCCCCGGCUAACCCCGUCGCCGAGUCUGCGGAGGACACCGAAAUGCGCAUCGACGAGGAAGGUCGCCCUGUCUUCACCCCGGCUAAGGACGUCGCAACCGCAUAUAAGAUCGAAACCCGAAAGGUGCCUGUCCCACCGCACCGUAUGACCCCUCUCAAAGCGAGCUGGGCCAAGAUUUGCCCUCCCAUCGUUGAGCACCUCAAGUUGCAAGUGCGAAUGAAUAUCAAAACCCGAUCCGUGGAAUUGCGAACCUCAAAGUUUACCAACGAUGUGGGAGCUCUGCAAAAGGCCUUCACUCUUGGCUUCGAUCUCGACGACGCGAUUGCUCUUCUCCGACUUGAUGAUCUGUACAUCCAGACCUUCGAGAUCAAGGAUGUGAAGACUCUGAACGGCGAACAUCUUGGUCGUGCCAUUGGACGUAUUGCAGGAAAGGAUGGAAAGACCAAGUUUGCCAUCGAAAACGCCAGUCGGACACGAGUGGUACUUGCAGACCAGAAGAUUCACAUUCUGGGUGGAUUUAAGAACAUUCACAUUGCCCGAGAGGCAAUUGUCAGCUUGAUUUUGGGUAGCCCUCCGGGCAAGGUUUAUGGCAACCUUCGGACUGUUGCUUCGCGAAUGAAGGAACGCUUCUGAUUCCACGACUCAUAUAUCUCAUCCGGCAUGGUGUGGGCGUUCAGGUGCAUCAGGUUUUACGCUGUCU